AUGGUUGAGAAGGGAUGUUUGGCGUACUUGGCAUUCGUGAGGGAUGUUAGUGUUGAUACUCCUACAGUUGAGCCAGUUCUUGUGUCUUCUUUGUUCGAGCACAUCAAGGCAUGUCAGUAUGAUGAUCUCCACUUGAUUAUCCUGGAGGACACGGUGCAGCACGGUGAUGCUAAGGAGGUUACUAUGGGAGAUGAUAGGAUAAACAUAGCAGAGUAUGACGAAGAAGGGAAUCCUUUUGCGGAUAUAGAUAAGUGCAUCGAGGACACAAAUGCCAUUGUCCCUCCGCGAGUUGAGGCUGCUACCUUCAAAGUGGAACAUGGUUUGAUCCUAAUGCUUAAAGAAGAGGGGUGUUUUAGGAAUUCUACCGAUGAUGAUCCAACACAACAUCUUAGAAACUUCUUGGGUGUGUGUGCGAUGCACAAACAGAACAACGUGUCAGAUGAUGCCCUAAUACUGAGGGUAUUCAAGUACUCACUAGUUGGAGAGGCAAGGAAAUGGAUCCAAAAUCUACCACCUCACUCCAUUCACUCUUGGCCUGAACUAGUUCGUGCUUUCCUAGCCAAAUGGUUCCCACAAAGCAAGAAAUCCGAGCUCAAGGAUAAAAUUUUCUUCUUCAAGCAACUACCGGGAGAACACCUACAUGAGGUGUGGGAUCGGUUCAAGCUAUACCUAGUGAGGUCGCCUAAUCAUGGUUUUUCGGACAAAAUCUUGUUAGAAAAGUUUUACAUGGGUUUGGAUCAGUUGAACCAAUCCAUAGCAAAGAAUGUGGCGGAUGGAUUGUUUAUGGACAAAACAUUCACAAGGAUCACACAAAUUCUCGACAAGAUGGCAGAACACAAUCAAGCUUGGCACUCGGAAGAUACCACGGGUGGAAUUGCAUACGGUACUCCCUCUUUGACCAACAUGAUUAAGGAGAACCAAGAGAGAGAUCAAGUAAUUACCGAUCUUGCCACAAACAUUCAUGUGUUAACCAAGAUAUUCCCUGAAAACCAAACUAAAAAUGUAAAUGUUGUAGAAGAUGUGCAACCCUUGUCAAACGAAGAUUGCGAGGAGGCAAACUAUGUCCAUAAUUCUCAAGGUGGUUAUCGCCAACAAAAUCAAUGGAGGCCUGACCCGCAAGGGCAAGGCCAUCAACAGUGGCGCAAUGAUCAAGGUGGAUCAAGUCAAGGUAAUUGGAGCAACAACAACAACAACUAUGCAAACCGGAGUUCAAACCCUUAUGUUCCACAAAAGGGGCAAUACUCUAACUCAUCGUAUUAUAAGGAAGGUUCUUCAAGUGAGUCCAAGUUGGAGAGCAUACUUGAAAGAAUAUUGCAAAAUCAAGAAAGAGGCGACACUAUAAUGAAAAACAUGGCCGAACUUGUGGGGUCACACACCGUAUCCAUACAAAAGCUAGAAAUACAAAUGAGAGAUUUGUCAAGAGAGCAUAAUACAAAGCCGAAGGGCAGACUCCCAAGUGACACAAUUGCAAACCCUAAAGGAAAUGGGAGUGGUCCAACUUCUCAUUGCAUGGCAAUCACCACGCGAAGCAGAAAGGUACUUCAAGGAGAAAAUGAACAAAUUGUUGGAGUAGAUGAUCUUGAGCAAGAGGUUGAAGCACAAGUUGAAGUGCGUAUUGUUAUUGAAGUUGAAAAGAUCCCAAAAGAAGUAAAAGUCCAAGAAGAAAAUCAUAAAAGGGUAAAGGAAAAGGCGAAAGAGACACCAAAAGCUCUAGUAGAAAUUCCUAGACCUUCCCCUCCGUUCCCUCAAAGACUUGCUAGGAGGGUUGAUGAUAGCAAAUUCGAGAAAUUUUAUGACAUUCUCAAGCAAUUAUCGGUGAACAUACCAUUUGUGGAAGCCUUUCAAGAGAUGAGGGGUUUUGCUAAAUACUUAAAGGACUUGAUAACCAAGAAAAGAACCACCAAGAAUGAAGUGGUGAAUGUGACUCACCAGUUUAGCUCCAUUAUUGCAACAACCACCGUUGAAAAGAAAGAAGACCCGGGAGCAUUCUCCAUUCCAUGCACUAUUGGCUUGCGAGAUUUUGCAAGGGCUCUUUGUGACAAUGGGGCUAGCAUUAACUUGAUGCCAUUUACCAUUUACAAGCAAGCGGGGUUAAGCAUGCAGAGACCUACAAGCAUGAGGUUGCAAAUGGCCGAUCGUUCAAUCAAAAGACCAGUGGGAAUUAUUGAUGAUGUCCUAGUGAAAGUGGGAAAGUUCCUCCUUCCGACCGAUUUUGUGAUCCUUGACUGUGCCGUUGACAAAGAAAUCCCUAUCAUCUUGGGGCGGUCAUUCCUUACUACCGGAAGAGCACUUAUGGAUUUGGAACGAAAUGAAAUCAAGUUUCGAGUUAAUGAUGAAGAGGUCACUUUCCAAGCAAAUAAGGGUAUGAAGUUGCCACAUGCAUAUGAAGGCAUCUCAGUCAUUGAUUUUGUUGAUGAGGUAGAGGACGCAAGUGAAAUAAAGAUGGAAGAAGAAUGCCUAGGUGAGUCUUUGGCGACGAUAUUGGUAAAUUUCGAUGGUGAAAACAUGGAGGGGUACAUGGAAUCGAUGAGUGCAUUAUAA